UUUGUCGGCAACAAACUGUUGCGUUGUUUUGAUUUUCAAAAAUUUGAAUUAAUUAUUGUUUACAAGAGUUUUACAAGUGAUUUGGACGUUAUUUAGUGAAAUAAAAUAAGUGGAAUAAGUGUGUAAUAAAUGGAAAAUAAAUAUAUAUCGUCUGCUCACAUAGAAAAAUUGGGCCAUACAAUAACAGAAAUAAGGGAAAGGGCGCUAUUUAAUAUUGUAUGUAAGUUGGAUAAUGGUUUAUUAUUCGAUAAUGACUUGGCUAGAAGUAAAGAAUUGUUAAAUAAGCUAUUUAAUUGGUUUUUAUUUGACCCUUGUACAAAUGAAGAUAUUGUUUUUAAACUAAUCAAAAAAAUACUAAAGUCAGAAACCGGUAAAACCCUUAUAAAUCAUUAUGGAAACAACAUAAUAAUAAAAGAGUUGAAAAAAAUAAGGUCUUAUAUAGAACCAAAGUAUUUUAAACAUGUAGAUGAAUUAAUGGAAAUGUCCAGUAAUUUUGUGGAUGUGCCACCUCUUGUGAGUGAUUUACCAUUAAGUUAUAGAAGCACAGACACCCAAACUGCCAGGAAAACAUUUGGGAGUACAGCUACAACACAAAUUCUGUAUGUUAACAAAGACGAUUCUCUAGAUCAACAAGAUGGCCCUAAAACUUAUAGGAUUGAGUCCAAUAGGAGUAGUAAUAAGGAAUUAAAUGAGACGGUAUUGGAUUGGCUGCCACUGGUGGAGCCAGAUCGGCAUGUUUUAAAGUCUGUAGAGCAGUCUUUGUCGAAUCCGCCUCAACCUGUUGCUUUGCUGCAUUCCUGCGAAUUUUUUGUUAGCGUUUUGUUGCAGGAUUUCCCUGCUGAGGUUUUUAUACAGAGACCUGGUAUUGUUUUUAAUUUUUUGAAUUUGUUGGAAGUUUGCUUUUCAACAAGAGUAACAAAUGCAGUUUUAAAUUGUUUAUUUUGUUUAACAAAGGGUUUGAAAUUGAGGUUGAGUCAAUUUUUGGAUCCUUCUUUAAGAAGUUUUAAAUUACAGUAUUUUCAGUUAAGUUCCGGAACUUCAGGAAGUACCAGCUCUAAAAGUUCAAGGAACAGUGCAAUUAAUAAUGAAAAUGAUAAAUAUGAGACUUGUGAAGAUACAAUUUUAUUAAAAAAUGCGCAGAUUUCAAUAUUGAAAUACUGUUACAUUACAGCAAAUAAAGUGCUAAGGUUUUUAUGUGUAAAACCUGAAAAUUUAAAUAGUGAAAGAAGUAAAUCUAAUAAUCAGACUGCCUUAAAUUUAUCUGUAACAUUAAUUGAAGAAAUAUUAAGUUUACUAUCAUCAACAAUAAAUUGUAAUAUUUGGGACAUAACCCAACAAAACAUGAAACAAUUCAACGAACUUUUAUUUUCCUAUGGACAAACUUUGGAUUUUUUAAGGCUUGAUUCCACAACAUGUGAAAAUAAUUUGAAUUCCAGAGCGUUAUAUUUGUGCACAGUUCUAAAUUGCGUUACUUUAACAAAAAGUGCUUUAGCGAUUUCAAAUUCAAAUUCAUUACCAGCCAAUUUUAAAAACGCCCUGUCCAAUUCUCUACUGGAUGUUUGCAUGGCAAGAAUUUAUCCUGAAAUGCAUGAAAGCAUACAGAAUUUCGUCAAGAAAUUUGACUCAGAUGGUGAUACAAAAAAGUACAAUUUAGUGAAAGGUAUUUGUGAUGGGAUGAAUGCUGCAGUAAAAAUUCUUAAAAACCACAAACACCAAAAUUUUCACGAAUUUUUGCAUUUUACGGAAAAAAGUUUGCCUAGUGUGGAGUUCCAUAAAAACUUACAUCUACUAAAAAUCUACGUCGAAGUUGUGUCUGAAAAAUUAUUUUUGCUGAAGGAUGAUGAGGAAAUGCAGGAUAAAGCUGAAAAUAUCACUUUAUUUUUUUUGUCGCACAACUCAGUUGAAAUCAAGGAAGAAAUGUACAGGCUGUGUCAUUCCAAAGUUAUCGGUACAGUCGGGCCGAAAAUAAAUUUGGGAAAUUUAGGAUCGCCGAUUUUUUUUAUUUUGACCGACAAAAUUUUAACCGAAAUCUCCAUGUUUGGAGUCACUUCGAAAAACUCAAAGAUUCAGAUUUACUCGGAAAACAUUUUAAACCACAUAAUAAAGAGCAAAAUAUUGGUCUCAGAUUCAAUAUGGAACAAAACCAUAGAAUCCUUAAUAACGUCACUACCCAUACUAACCUGCCACGCGCACAAAGAAUUACUAUUGGGCAGGAUAAUCGUCAACAUCCUUGAUCCCGACACAGCCAAGGACCUUUUGUUCCCGAAAAUCACAAUUUUAAAAAGCAACGCUGCUUUGUUAUUCUCCAAAGACGAUACGUCCAGGGAUGAAGCUUACUCGAGAAUUUGUUGGCUUUUGGCAACGCAGGACGACGCCAAAGCCACGUUGCCAAGACUCAAUGGGUUGUACGAUAAGGCGUUGUCGAAUGUGUGCCGGCAACCCAAGAUAGUAGAUUUGAACAAGAGCAGGAUGACGCAACAUUUUUACCAACCAAGUAGCUUAUACCAGAUAGUGGACGUCCUUAAAUCAAAAAACGUGGAACCAGUGAUCAGAAGGUCCGCCGUUACUCAAGUCAGCGUGAUGCUCGAAGACGCUCUGCUGCAUCAAGUUUUUCUCGACUUAGGGGGCUUGGACGUUAUCGUUAAAGUAAUCAAGCAUGCCUUGAUAGAGCAGGAUUUCCAGGACUAUCCCGAUUCGGUUAUUCCUGCAAUCGCUGCCUUGAAAUUUCUAGCGCUGCAUCAUGGUAGCGUUAGAGAUUAUUUGAGCAAUGAAGUUGAUGUAAUAAUAUCGAUUUUAAGAGCGAUGUUUUUGUAUUUUACCGAAGAAAGAGUAAAACAGGACGCCAGCAUUCUCUUAUUUACAUUAUUGUAUAAGGAUUUUAUUAUUGGCAGUCCACAGAAAGGCAACUUUUCCCUGCCGCAUUUUGUCUAUGAUACUUUACAUGUCCCAUUUAUAUGCGGUACGCAUUGGAGCCAAAGUCCAUACACCAAUGAAACAAUUUGUGAUUCCAUAGUGAAAGAUAAAUGGUGUUUAAGUUCCCUUCAAAUACAGUGGAACAUAGAAGUUUUCGGUUUUCAAAAUUUGCUGAAGCUGCAAGAAAUUUCGUACAGCGACUGUAAUAUUGAAGUUCCCGACAUUUUAAGACUGAACCAAUACGAUUUUGAGUCGAUAAAAAGAUCUUCAAUCGAUUAUUGCAUAAAAGAAUCUUUGGAUGAUAUACAAAAUGGCGCAUCACAUUCAAAUGUGAUUGAAUCUAUAAAUAGCUUAACAUUGUAUUUGAAUCUGCACAACUUAUACAAAACCCUAAAAAAAUCCGACAUGGAUGACAUUUUAUCCCAUCCCUGGGAAAAAACGUUGGUGAGGUUCCUAAAAGUGCUGCCCUCUAGUGAGGAGGAUGUGUUUCUAUUAAAGGCGGUAAUUAAGCUCCUGAAAGUGCUUGCAACGUGCCACAAAAACUCCGAAAGAGAAUGCUGGAUAAGUCAAUUCCUAAAAAACCCAAACACCUGCAUUUUGGAUUUGCUAGCAAUCGACAACACAACCGAAGAAGAAUCCAAAAUUUUGUCAGAAGAAUUGUUGAAGUUAAUUUCAAUUUGCGCAUGUCAAGAACAACACUACCUGGAUUAUUGCUACCCCUUGAAACUGAAACCCCAAAAACCUGAAGAUGCCGCUAUGUCAUGGCGAUAUGUCGUUAACAUACUAUCAGAUACCUUGAAGUUUAGUGACGCGCAGCAUUUUUAUAAUUUGGCCUACCUAGACUCAAUCCUAUCCUGCCUGGUCAACCUGACAGGCAGCCUAGGUUGGAGCGAGUGUAAACCCAGCCUAACCGCUAAAGAACCGAUACCGCAGAUGAUUAAAGUGCUGUGCGAACUUCUGGUGGCUUUCCACUGCGGUAAAGGCCAGUCUGCAUCCGUAUCGGUGAUGGGGUUGAGCAUAACGCGGCACGUUUUGCUAAUUUUAAACCACACCUUAGCCGAGAUACAAAAUGCCAAGGCAAAGGGUUGGGAGAGUUUGUUUUUGGAGCAAAACAUUUUCGAAAAUCUCAUAGCUUUGUGGUCGAGUCGCGAUACCGUACUAAGAGCAGCAGCUCUUCAGCUGUUCAACGGUUUGGUUUUGUCCGCUAGGAUGGCCGUGGAAGUUGUCAAAAUGAAAAAUUGCGGCAUAUGGGACUUGACUUUUUCCGUCAUCAAUGAUGAAUCUGAAGCGAAUAUAGUAAAGGAAAAUGCCUUCUUACUAUUAGCCAAUUUGGUAGCCCAUAAUAUACCCAACGAAACUUGUAAAAAUGGUCUUAAAAAACAAGACUCCAUAGGGUACAUUUUGGGUUUAACAGAAGAACACAAUUUUUUCACGAAUGUAGAAUUAAUACUAACCAAAUUAUUUACCAUGGAUUUCACGCAGGACACGUUAUCCACAGGUUAUUCAGCUUACACAGAAAGUACUUUUUCAUCCUCAAGAAGUUCACAAAGCUCAUCAAGCUCCAGAAGCGAUUUAACGGAUUCAUUGAGAAGUUACGUAACAACACCAAGUUUGGUGAAAAAUAUCGCCAUAUUCAUAUGCAACUUGAUGACCCUUGCACCCACAGAAGUUACCACAAAGUUGCACGAACAAGGGAUUCUGAAACUCUUGCUGAGGACCCUUUGUUUACCAGCAAUGUCGAUAAGAAACACCAGAGAAUUAUCUCUGUAUUGCGAUCUUUUGGAAAUGAAUUCAUACGUGUGUUCGUGCCUUAGUAUGGCCGCAUCAUACAACAUUUCAUGUUUGGGCACAAUUUUACACACCAGGGACUGUUUCAACAUCGUAAUUUCCUUGCUAAACCCGAAAAUAUACCAUGCUAAUUUACCGCAAUUAAUCUAUUUAAGAAACUGCUUGUGGAGCGAAAUUUUUAAUUUGAUUUUAAUAAUUUUUAACCUCGACAAUAAGGGUCUGGAGUCGUUGGAUAUUUUUUCCGGCACUCUAUCGGAAAUAGGACCCGAACCUUUUUUGGAAACUUUGUGCGAGUCUCUGUGCUCUAUAGGCUCAAAAGAUUUGCAAACUUCAGCCCUAGCAUCGUUAACAUCCCUUCUACGCGUAGAUUCAGGCCGACCAACUAUAGUAAACGAAAUAUCUCCAAGUUUAUCGGUACACGACUUAUUGGAUAGUGUUAAAACACCAAGAUCAUUUUUGGGUGAUGAGGAUAAUGAUGAUGAAGAAAACAUAGAGCCUAGUAAUAUAAACAAAAGUCCAAUUGACUCCCCCAAAGAAAGCAUGAUAAAACUGUUGGAGGAAACAUAUUUUGAAGGGUAUUGUUUAAAGAAACCCAGUAAGAAAGUUGUUCAAAGUUUGGAAGUUGUGAGAUGUGAUAAUAUUAAUAUGUCUGGCAGCGAAAUCUGCAAAAUUCUGCUGUACUUGUACGAUUUAGAGGAGUUAAAGUCGAAGAAAGAUGCAAGUAACGCCAAAAAAAAAUCUCUGGUAAUUGCGGCCCUAUCAGCUUUACUGUGCGUUUCGCAGGAAGCUAAAAAACAUGCUAUGAAUAAUGGUUUACUUUUCAACAUAAUCAAAAAGUUACGGGAGUUCGUCGUUAAACUAAGUUUGGAUUCCGUGGAAUGUUUAAGGAAAGUUUCGGAUAAAAAACGCGUUUGUCCGAUUCUGCAAGAGUUGGAUGAAGUCGUGGGUUUGGCAACGAAUUUCAUGUAUCGGAAUGACGAAGCUAAAAAGGAGGCCGACAAAUACGAUAUCGCCGACGUUCUGCAUAAGCUGUGGGGGUGGUUUAACGUGCAGAACUCUUAUUUGCUGGAUGUUCUACGAUUGCUCUGCACGUUUACUACAAAUUGUUCGUUGGCUUGCCAAUCGUUGCCUCUGACAAACCCAGUGGCCGGAUCUGGACCCAAAAAGUCACCAAACAAUUUGUCUCUUUUACAUGCCAUCAUAACUUUGAUAGAGAAGGAAAUGAACCAGAUUAGUAGAACGCACGAUCUCACAGCUCUGGAACUUUCUUUUGAUAUUUUACAUAAUUGUUCUACCGUUUUGGAGUGCAGAGUGCUUUUAUCCAAGGGCAAUCUAUUACAAAGUAUAUCCAGACUUCACCCUGCUCUAACUAAAAGGCAAAAACCAUGGAGCACAAUAGAGCUAAUUUGGCUCAAUUUCCUGCAAACUUUUACGAAAUAUCCUGAAGGGCAAACAUGUAUAGCGAAGAUCACCGACGUUUUUGAAAUUGUGAUGAAUUUAACCAACAGCACUAAAGCCGAAAAUCGUAUUUUGGCGAUGUCAGUGCUAAGGAAUUUGGCUUUCUAUCAACCUAAUAGGCCUAGAUUACUAUCUUCUGGUGAGUUUCUGAAUAUUCUCCAAAACAAAUUGGAGUUUGGGGACAAAGAAGAGAAAAGCCAUGUGGUUGUAAUAAUGUGGACUUUGGCGGCAAACAGUCAGAAAGCCAAACUAGUACUUAAAUCUGCAAACUUGGAAAAAAAAUUGCAAGACGCUAUAAAACAACGCAAACUUAUGGGAGAUUUUAACACUGAAGAGGAGGAUAUUAAAAUAAUGUUCUACGUCUUAAAUAUUCUUAAAGAUAGAUAACAAUAAUUAAGCCCUACAAUUUUUAUUAUUACCUGUUUUACAUUAUUUAUUAACUGAUUUUAAAAUAAAUAUAUUUUUAUAAAUA